CAGAAGCCAAAGGAUGACACAGUUGUGCAGCAUGGAAAGCAAAGGGCUGGUGGCUGAGCUGCAGAGAGCGGCUAUCUGCCCAGCCUGCAGGGGUCACUUUAAGGACCCAGUGAUCCUCGACUGUGACCACAGCUAUUGCCGAGCUUGUAUCACUCGCUACUGGGAUGAGGAGUCCAUGAAGGGAAAUGGCCCUCGGGUGAUAUCUUGCCCCCAGUGCAAGAAAGUCUUCGAGAGGAGGAACCUCCGCACCAAUGUCAAGCUGGCAGUAGAAGUCAAGAUCACCCAACACCUCAAUGCCAAGACAGCCCAGGUACCCCUUGCCCCAAAGUCCAAGCGCCGCCGUGGAGGGUGGAGGCCCACAACCAGCAUCCAGAAAGAAAAGGAAAGCUUCCGAGAAUUCUGCAGCUGUUAUGGUGACAUGGCAAAACCCUCCUGCCCGAAGACUGAUGGCUGGAAAGAAGCAAGGCCAGAAUAGUGAAUGCAACACAGAAAGAACAAACGAAGCUGCUUUAAAACAGCUAAUGUUUGGAUACUUCACCACACAUUUUCACCUGAAUAGUCAACCAGAGCUCUUCCAAGUGACUCUCUCUGGUUUCCAAAACCCACUGCCUGGAAGGGAUGGAGAAAUUAAUGUUGCUGCCAGUCCUGAAUUCUGGAUACAGUGAGAAAAAUGUCCUCUGUUGAUGCCUGUAAACAUCUGGACUUCAUUUCUUCAUAUCCACUUCAACAGAACCUUAACAAUAGAACCAACCAUAACUGAGCAGACCAGAUUUUUGGAUGGAAGUGCCUUUUUACUUUAAGGCAAAGACUUCGAAGCUCUAAUCAGCACUCUGGAAAAAUCCCUCUCUGCCUCCUCCAGAUGUCACUAGAUGUGGGCGACAUGACAGACGGAAGCUUGUGGGUUUUUGUUUUUAGGUUGCUGCUGAAUCUAGAAUGAAAAUUGAUCUGGAGAGGGGGAAUUGAUGUCAGGCAUGGAUAGGAAACCAGGGCAUUGGAGCUACAAUCCUCCAAAACAGAGAAAGGGGUAUAAAUAAUGCAAUUUUACCAAGCCUGUGUGGCAACCAAUGCAUCCUUGCCACAACUACCAGGAGCAGUCCCAGUCAGCGAAAAGCUGUAAAGUGUAUAAUUUUUCUGUAAACUAACAGAAUAUUGUGGGCAAUAUUUCUUUAACCUUCUAGCACAGGGCAGGAGGGAGCUCUAUGUUAAAAUCUCCUGGGUCAGAGUUGAGGGGAGGUAGUGGACCUUUCUUUGGUUGAGCUUCUUGAGUUAGUUGUCUACCAUUUCACUCCCGGAAUUCAUUUCACUGGUCACUUUCCUUCAACUUCUUUCCUGAUGGAAACGGUGUUUCCACCUUCUGCAUUCAUAUAAUCAUAGGGCUGGAAGGUCUUUUAAUCCUACUGAAGGCAGGAGACCUUGUACUAACCCAGCCAAAUGGCUGUCCAAUCUUUUCUUGAAAGCCUCCAGCAACUGAGCACCCACAACCCCAGGAGGCAAGCUGUUCCUUACUUUGGUACACCAAGGAGGCCACGGUGUGGAUUAGUGGUAACCUGGUUUGUUUGUUGUUUAGCAGAAUGUGCAAACCAGGCUUCAAUGGCUCAUUCAGCAAACAAGAACAAAUACCAGCUGAGUAUUAUUCAAAAACCCGUUCAAUGCCGAUCAUUGAGCAGCAUGAAAUCACAUUUGCCGAAGACCACCGUACAAUCAUUCUUUAAACCAUCAAGAGGUGGAAACAUCAGGACUUGGGUGAGAAAAGAAACGUCACUGAUCCAACCAGUUUCUAUAUAGUUGAGCCAGAUCCUGCCAAAAGUGGUGGCAUAGUGGCUAGAAUGGAGUAUUGCGGGCUAACUCUGCAUUCCCACAGCCAGGAGUUCGAUUCUGACCGGCUCAUGGUUGACUAAGCCUUCCAUCAUUCUCAGGUCAGUAAAAUGAGGGCCCAGAUUGUUGAAGGCAAUAUGCUGACUCUGAAAAACUGCUUAGAGAAGGCUGGAAAGCACUGUGAAGCGGUAUAUAACUCUUAAGUGCUAUUGCUAUCUGAAGUGUUCUACCUUUGUUUGUCUUUUUUAUUUGAAAAUGAAUUAACAUGUUUUCUUGUUCCCCUACUGAAUGAUACCGAAAUGCAUGAAUAAGGAGACUGCACCACCGUCACAUAGUUAAUACUGGAUGGUUUUUAUUUUAUCUCUAAUAGAGUGAUUUUUAAUUUCUGCUUGACUGUAAAUGUAUUUGGGUCUUUCAUGGCACUGGACUGAAUGUAAAACCAAGAGCAAAUCAGAAGCCUGACUGCUAUGGCAACUGGGGCAUCUUCUUGCAGGAGAUGUUGAGUUGGAAUUUUCAACAAUAAUCAUUGAAAGUGUAAAGUCUGGAGUCGAUCCUUGUACAGCAUUUAAAUGAUUUGCUUCUUCCUCCUCCCUCCCUCCUCUGAUAUCAACUGUGCAGGACACACAAUCCUUGAUGUAAGUAAGCCAUCAAGAGGCUCUAGGCCAGAGGUCUUCAGACUUGGCAGCUUUAAGACUUGUGGACUUCAACUCCCAGAAUUCUCCAGCCAGCUAUGCUCCAGCAUAUGCUAUGCUGGCUGGAGAAUUCUGGGAGUUGAAGUCCACAAAUCUUAAAGCUGCCAGGUUUGGGGAUGCCUGCUGUAGGCUGUGCACAGUAAAAAUGUGGACAAUCAAUCAAUCUGCAGAACAAUACAGGAGGUCAGAAAUCCAAAACACUGAUUAGACAUGUUGCCAUCUUUGGAGUGCUCCGGCUUUUCUAUUAGCAACACAAAACGGGUAAUCCUUGAAUUUACAACGGUUUGUUUAGUGAAAAAAGUGACUUGACAAUCAGUCCUUCUUGCUCUUAUGUUGCAGCAUCACCACAGUCAUGUGAUCCAAAUUUUGGGACGUGGCCACCAGUUAUGAUGGUUGCAGUGCCCUGGGAUCACAUUAUUGUGAUCUAGGGUUCCUGAGUCAUUAAAAUACAUGAGUAGUCCCAAAAACCUCUUUUAUUGCAACAGCUGUGAAUUAUGUUCAUUCAGGGCUGAGUCCCAAUUAAUUGCAAAAAGCCGUUCGGGAGAAGUCCUUCAGGAUAAUCAUCAACCUUUAUCUCCCUUGACAUGCUGCCAAAGACUUACUUGGCAAAGCCACAUGGAGUCCAGAAUCAAACAGAGAUGCCAACUGGGAACAGAAUUAACAAUGUUGCUUUCCUGCAAAGGGCCCACACAUGCCUUUGCUCCUCUUUUAAGCCUAUGGGAGGGGCCAAUCAUCUCCAGGCCUUACUCCCGAUUCGUCCCUUUAGUUUUAACUGUUCUUGCCUUCUGGUAGCUCUGCGCAUGUGUGCACUAGGAACAGGCUCCCCCUGUUCCUCUGCCUCUCUGAUGUCCGACUCUAGAGGCACUGGAGUCCGCGCAUAACUCUAAGAUGGCCCUGGCCCCAUCUCUGCCUCUGACGUAGAGCCCUCAUCCAGGCCUUCCCCAGACUCCAGGACUGGCCCAUGUACCUCCCCAGCCUCCUCACUGUUCGACUCUGCUGCCAGCUUCGCAGGCUGCUGGCGGACCACAACAUAUAUGACUGCCGUCUGUGAUUUUCCUAGCUGGCUUCAAACAAGCAAAGUCAAUGGGGGAAGCCCGGCUUGCUUAACAACCGGGUGAUUCGCUUAAGGAUCACAGCAAAAAGAUUGCAAAUUUUGCUUAGUGACAGAAGUUCCAAUCCCAAUCGUGGUCAUUGUGUCGAGGACUACCAAUAGUAAAAAAUGGGAAUCAGGCUACAAAAAUGGGGCUGGAAAAGGAGAACAGUCCUUUCUCUGGUUGUGCAAACACUGUUUUUUUCCUUCAUCGUUAUCCCUGGUAUUUCUAGCAGCAGCUACCAAAACGUUUUCACAAUUCCUUUAGGAAAGCCACAGGUGUCCAAUCUGAUGCUGUCGCUAAACAUACUGGAGUUCUUUUAGAAAGCUGAUCAAUCAUUUUUAACAUUUUUAACCAUUUUUAACUGCUAAAACUGGGGAGAUGAAGAAAGAAACAACGCAGGUGUUCAUUCUACAGAGCUAUGUAAAUACGGAAUUGUUUCAAUUCACUUGUAAUUCUGCAGUUGAGCCAAGCCAGAAUGUGUUUGGUGUGACUGUGGCUUAACGCCAUGAACCUAGUCAUUUGUGUCAUAUUUAAGAAAUCUUCAUUAAAAGAGAAUAUGGUUUAAUAGAA